AUAAAAAGAUGACAGAUGCGAGCAACAGCGGAUAUGGCCAGUGUUCCUAUUUAAGAGUCACAAACGAAGAAGGUAACAUCCAUUGUGCCCUGGUCAUAGGUAAAUCCAGAGUUGCUCCCAUUAAGGUCCAGACUAUUCCCAGGCUCGAACUGACCGCUGCGGUCAUCUCAGUUGCCAUGAGCAAUAUGCUUAAACAGGAGCUGGAAUAUGCAGACAUAGAAGAGCACUUCUGGACCGACUCCCAAGUAGUUUUGGGGUACAUUAACAACGAAGCACGCCGCUUUCACACGUUUGUGGCAAACAGAGUGCAGAAGAUACAUCUCAGCUCUACUCCUCAACAGUGGAGAUAUGUUCACACUAAUGAGAACCCUGCUGACCAUGCAUCAAGGGGUUUAAACGCUGGUGAGAUUCUUACAUCCAAUUGGUUGACAGGGCCAAGAAUCUUAUGGAAGAAGAAUAUACCUCCUGUGGCAGAUAUUGACACAGCACUAAUGACUGGAGAUCCUGAAGUGAAACAGGCUCAGACACUGAGUGCAGAAACAACAGAAGUCACCCUCUCAGACCGCUUGUCAAAGCUGUCUUCAUGGUCUGGAGCUGUCCAAGCUGUGGCUCGCCUUGUUCGCCGAGCCAAAGGGGAUAAGUCCAUCGGUCACAGUACGGUAGCUGAACGAGAAGAUGCUAAACGCAUCAUCAUUAAAGACCUACAAAGAAACACCUAUACAGGGGAUAUCAAGUUAUUGAGCAAGGGGGCCCAGCUGUCACCUAGCAGCAAGCUGUAUCAUCUUGAUGCCUUCCUAGAUCAAGAAGGAAUACUCAAGGUGGGAGGAAGGCUUUGCGAUGCACCCCUACCCAGCUCAGUCAAACACCCGGUGAUCAUUCCUAAAGAUCACCAUAUAACAAAGAUGAUCAUCUCUCAAUGUCAUGAGAAUGUCAAGCACCAAGGUAAGGGCCUUACUAUUAAUGAGAUCAGAUCACAAGGCUACUGGAUUCCAGGAAUGAGCAGAGCAGUAGCAUCCCAUGUACAUCACUGUGUGACAUGUCGGAAUCUCAGGAGACCCACCGAAGAACAAAGAAUGGCCGACCUCCCUUCGGAGCGUACAAAUCCAUCUCCACCCUUCACAUACUGUGGUAUGGACUGCUUUGGUCCCUUUGUUACUAAACAGGGUCGGAAAGAACAUAAAAGGUACGGCCUCCUCUUAACAUGUUUCAGCUCCAGAGCUAUUCAUAUCGAAAUGCUAAAUGACAUGUCUACAGAUGCCUUCAUCAAUGGCCUGCGCUGUUUCGUUGCAUUACGGGGAGCAGUGCGCCAAAUCAAAUGUGACCAAGGCACCAACUUUGUAGGAGCCAAGAAUGAGCUGAAAAAUGCCCUCAAGGAGAUUGACGCUGAUCGUCUGACAGUGUUCUUAGCUGAGAAGCAGUGUGACAUUGUCCUAAAUGCGCCCCAUUCAAGUCAUGCAGGUGGGGUAUGGGAGAGACAAAUCAGAACAGUGAGAAAUGUUCUUCGCUCAACUCUCUCACUCUCUUCUGACAAACUGGACGAUGCAUCACUGCGGACAUUCUUUAACGAAGCUAUGGCGAUCGUAAACAGUAGACCACUAACAGUUGACAACCUAAACGACCCCAACACCCUUGCAUCUCUCACCCCUAAUAACCUGCUUACUAUGAAGUCUGUUCCAGCAUUACCACCACCAGGCAGAUUCAUCAGAGAAGACAUCUAUGCAAGAAAAAGGUGGCGUCAUGUUCAGUACCUCGCAGAGCAAUUUUGGAGUCGCUGGCGUAGGGAGUAUCUUUCCAACAUUGCCACCAGGCAGCGCUGGCACAGAGCAAAGAGAAACCUGCGAGUAGGAGAUAUUGUGAUGGAAAAGGCUGAUGGUCUGCCUAGAAAUGAGUGGCGGCUGGCCAGAGUUACAGAGACUACUACAGAUAAAGACGGGCUUGUGAGAAGAGUCAAAAUAUGCCUUGGUGACCGGAAUCUGGAGAAAGAUGGUCGUCGUCUCAACAAGCUGUCUGUCAUUGAACGCCCAGUCCAGAAGCUGAUCCUGUUGCUAGAGACCGUCUAACUGCUUCCAGUAGCAACCAAGUGUAUCCUUUUCAUUAUAUUACUUAAAUUGUAGCAUUCAUUCUCCAUAGUAUGGGCACUUUUCGUCCGUUUCUGAGUUAAAGGUCAUUUUUUAUUUAAAAAUCAUUUGUAAUUUAUAUUUCUUAACGUCAUACAAAUCCCUCAUGAUUUGGUGGGAGUGUAAAUGACCAUUGAAUCCCCAAUCACUGAAGUAGGCCGUCAUCAUUACUUCCAACCAUAUGGGGCAGUGUUGCCAUGGAACUCCUGAGAAAGGCUUUCACAAGAAAGGACUUUAUUAUUGAACUUGAACCAAAUGUUACGUUGUUUGUUUUUGGUUGACUAAUAAUUCUCGCUGCAUACUUAAUGUGGACAUUGUAUUUUUAUUUGUUUUAUUAAGUGUACAUAUUUUACCUCACAUGCUUUUAUUUUGAAGUCUGGAAAAGGAAGUGCAGCAGCACUCUUUGUGUACAUUGGCGCUCUUUUUACGUGAAGCGCCAUUCUGAUUUAACGUUAAGAGAGAAAGGAUAAACCCUUGGGUACUCACUGUACAAAUGUUUGUUUUAAAAAGGUUUCUUUCUACAUCUUAGCUCCUGGCUGAAGGGCACAAGCUCUUACGGUGUUUUUGGAAAUUAAAUUCUUUAUAAACAUCAGUUCCUGAGAGUAAAAUGCAGCUGUUCAGCCGGGAAUGCUACACCAAACGUAAUAUAAUUUUAAAUAUAAGUCGUUAAUAUAUGUUAAGAUUUACGCUAACAAAACUUUGGUCGCUCUUUUCAGUUUAAAAUAUUAUGAAAUGUAGUUCCUGAGCCUCACAAUUUGUAUUGUUUGCGUUGCUAGGUAACAUCUAGCCACACAGGUACAGUGUUGGGCAGUAGCAGCGCUACAAGAAGCGGCGGUACUAGUUUAACUCCAUUUCUCAGUAGUGUGGUGGUGGCAUCGCUCUUUUCUGAAUCAAAUAGCUUUUCAGUAGCUUAGCUCUUUAAUUGAUCAAGCUACAUUUCCACAAUCAUUUCUGAAACUCAAGUGCAGUGGAGCUUUCUGCUGCGGCCUGAAAUAAAACUACUGAGGAUCAGUAAGUGACGCCACCGUCACGCACGGAUGUGCGUGUGUAGCCGACAGAAGCACUUCCAUGUGACAGUGACAUGACGUAACAAUCCUUGGGCUGACGCCUACGACGUCUGCUGCAGCGAAAUACCUUCCAACCGCAAACAUACCUUGAAGAAAUAUCUUCUUCAAUACAGCAUGAUGUUCAUUUUGUAAAUUAUGGUCCCAUUUAGAGUAAAAUAAGCAGGGUGUGCUUUAGGGCGGGGCUACCUCGUCGCUCCCACGACGACCCGGUAUCAGGAUAGAGGCGAUGUGUAUCCACUGCACUGUGUUCAUUUAACUAGCUGUAAAUUUGUUUUUUGGUGCUGUUGUUGUUUUCAGUUCAUGAAAGUUAAUUGUAACAUUUUGGUCGCCUAAAAAUGUCUUGUUCCGCAUUCGGUUGUACUAAAAGACACCCGAAGGAGUCAGCUGUUCACCUGCAGCUUGCUAACCUAGCUAGCGCUCGUCCAAAUAUGGUCACUUCCGGUCACUGGUUGCAAAAACCAAGGUGGCGACGGCCAAAAUGCCAAUCUCGAGGCUUCAAAAUGGUAGUCCACAAACCAAUGGGUGACGUCCCGGUGACUACGUCCACUUAUUCUAUACAGUCUAUGAUACAGACACGCAAGCUUGAGUUCACACAUUCGGGUGAAUAAGCUAACAUCAAUAUCGCCAACCAAGCUAAUCAUCACAAUUCAGUGCAGUCUGCAAACACCAGCCAGCAACCUGGCAACAGCUAACCGCUAGCUAAAAACCUUUCACUGCCUGUUGGCAGAAAAUGAAUAAAAUUAAGCAUGGUUGGUUUUGGAGCGCUGAGAGCUGAGAGCACAGCUUAUUGACAGUUUUAUUGAUCACUGAGCAUUGACUUGGAAUGAAGUUGGUUCAGUGUAAAAAAAAAAAAAAAGCUUUGAUGUAGUAAGCUACUUUUGCCAUGUUGCUGUAGCUUAGCUUGCUACAUUUCUCUGCGCAGUAGCUUCAGUGUAGUGAAGCUUCAUUUAAUGUAGAGUAACUGGUAGCUUAGCUCACUACACUUUCCAAGUAGCUUGCCCAACCGUGCACAGGAAGUGGUUCACAAGGCUGAACUGUUUUAAAAUCCUGCAGUGGCGGACUCGGGCUGUCUGAGGUGCAGGGGAGGAAAACAUUAAAAUGUGCACCAGCUGCAUGCAGUGGGGCACCGUAAAUCAAAGGUGUCCGGUUAUACUGUCUGGGUUACUAAAAGUUAAUCCACCUUCAAAACAUUCCAGCCAAUCAGAAUCCAGAGUUCUCAGUGGCCAGAGUAUCAAACUUUUUAAACAAAACAAACUGACUUAAACCAAAAGUGUGUAAGAUUUAGGUGGCUCUGUUUGCAGAAUACAGCGAUGGUAUUCAUAAGUAUGUUUUCAUUAGUGUAUAAUCACCUGAAAAUAAGAAUCGUUGUGUUUUGAUUUUAUAUCUACAGAGGGAGCGGGGGGUUUUUGCGAACGAGCAGUAUUCAAAUGGUUGCAAGCUGCAAUUUCUCUACUUGAUGCCACUAAAUCCUACACACUGCUCCUUUAAGAGACCACGGUAUAAUAACCAUAUUGCACAAUGAGGACUCCUAACAUACUGUGUUCAUACCUAUGUUUGCUGUAGUGAAGGAACAAUGCUGAGAGAAAUGUAUACCAUUAAUCUGCGUCGUUGUUAGUACUGACAUUGAGUUUAAUGAAGCGUUUAGGUCAGCUUCAGACUCUUCACGGCCUGCUCCUGGUCUGUGGAGGAAAUAAAGGAGCCUUUUCUUUGUUUGAAAAUAACAGAAAUGAUAAAACCACAGUUGUUACUGUUCUGUAUGUGAUUCUUUAUCCACUCUGAUCUGGGAGCAGCAGGCAGCUCACAUCAACAUAACUACAGCUUUCUGCUGUUGUGAACUGAGCCUUUAAGGUGUCAAUUUAAUUUAAGACAAUUAAGAACUGAAACUGUAAUACUGUCCAUUUCAGCUGUUAUAUUUACUCUGUUGUUGCAUUAUUUAUUUACUGUAAGCUUGAUAGAAAUCCUUUGCACAAAUAUACUUCCAAGUUUUAUUUGAAUGUAGCAUUUAAUAUUAUUGCUAGCUAGUACUAGCUACACUGGUUGAUGAGGAUUCUUAAUGAGAAAGUAGUAGAGCCUGCUGGUUAGUGUAGCACAGUUAACAAGCUGACGUUUAACACAAAAUCAAUCACAUUUUUCAUCAUAUUAUUUCUUUAAUAAAAUGUCCAUAAAAGUAAAAAAUAAAUGUCUACAUUGUUAUUUGUUCUUGACUUCAGUAAAGGCUUUGACCAAAACCUUCACUAGA